UUCUCAAGGGCACCAUGACAACAUUUGAAAAUGGCUGCCACAGCCACUGAAAAAUCAGAAAACCUGUUUGGAGUGGGAUAUGUAUAAUAUAGGAAAAUGAAUAAGACUAGACAAUAAUAAAUUACCAUGCCUGGAGGCUGGGGGAGGAAAGCAGCUGGUAGGAUAGACAGGACACAGUUUGGUGAUGACGAACUGUUGAAGAGUUUGGGAGGGGAAUAUAAUGUCGACUUCACUGAUUAUGCACAGUGGCAAAGAACUGGACUUCAAGCUGUGCAUGAACAUGCUAAGAAAAGUGCAAGUGGGCUGGUUGCUCUGACGCCAGAGAGAUCCCCUUUUACUGUUGGUGCUGGAGGUUCACCUUUUGCCAGUAAAAGGAUCGGUUCUGCCUCCUCCACGUGUCGACAUGGUGCCCACAAAAAAGAGGGACCUCCUGAGACAGAGGAAGACAAGAAGAGGACAGAAAGGAUAAAGAUUUUACAAUUACGAAUAAGGUCAAGGCGGCAAACGUUAGAAGAGUACAAGAACAGAUACUACAGGCUCAUGGAUGAUAAUGUGACCCUGCGUCAAGAAAUUGAUGGCGUUGAAGAAGAAGCACAUGAUGAUGUUAAGAAACAGCUCCGUACAUAUGAAAAAUUUAGGGGAGGGAUGACAAAACUUCAAUCCAGAUUUGUAACCGAUCUUGACCAGGCUAAGACGGAGUUGAGAGAAACUAAAAUUAAAACUGAAACAGAACUGGCAGCUCUUCAGAAACUUGUGGAUGCAGUCGAUGUGCAACUGAAGGCAAAACAAGAUGAGCUACAUGUACUCCUCAACUACAAGGAUAAAGAGUAUCCUGUUAAAGCCAUCAGAAUAGCAGAUUUGGAGAAUGAAAUUGAGAAUGUCCAGAUCAGCAAUGAAGAGGAUCAGCUAGAACUAGAACAUAUCAUUGACACAGAGAUUGGGAAGUUGAAAAAGAACCAAAACAGUGUGCAGAAAGAAAUAACUGAACAUGUCACCAAGGAAGCCAUAGCUAAGAUGCACCCCAGUCUAAAAGAUAUGGCACUUCAAAAUAUGGUGAUGAAAAAGGAAAUGGAAUUUCACCAGAAAGAGAUAGAUGCACAGGAACAACAGAACAAAGAACUGGAAGACAGUAUAAAACAACUGCUACAGGAUCCACAAACAAACAUAAAACUACAGUUGUUCCCAGAAUUCUUUCCCAUGAGGGAGAAAUGUACACCGGACAUGGAGGUCGUUUUGGACAUACCUACCCAAGAGUGGCUUCCUAUAUGAAAUAUAAAAUGAGGUUAUGUUAAAUAUUUUGGAAAGAUCUGGCUUGUCAUUACCUGCACAUGGAUAGCGAAAGACAAAAACAGUGAACACCUUUCUAGAUGACACACAGCUUUAACACAAAUGGCAGGAAAAAACACUCGAGACAGAUCAAGCUGUUUGCGUUGACAAAGCAUUUUCAACAGGCCAACCAAUAGUGGCUUGGUCAAGCUGACAGGAAGCCAUGGAAUGAAAAUGUAGAUUUGCCAAACCUCUUCUUGAAUGCACACAGAUCAAGUUAAUUCACAAAAACUAACUAGAUGAAGGAUGGAGGUUGGCAGUGGAAAAGGUUUCUGUACAGCCCUCCAUGAUCUAAGAAGUGCACAUCAACACAACUGAAAAUGAACACCACAGAGAAGGGGG